CAUUUGCAACCACGUGACAAAAAUACGUUACGUCAUCGAAGUCGGCCAUGUUGGACGAUAUGCAAAUCAUAAAUUUACAAGCGAACAUGGCGUCUUCAAGUGAUACAUUGGUUUUUUCGGAAUAUUUUUAUACUUUAGAUGGUCCUACUAGGGAAAGGUACAAGCAAAAAGCUAACUUAGUGGGUUUUGACCCUUUUGAUUUAAGAAAAAGUGAUUUGAGCGAAGAUUUAGGGCUAAUUCCUGGCGUCGAAUACCCUGAUAUAGUGAACUAUUUGAUCCUUCAAACAUCGUGGGCAACCAAUUCUGAGAUGAAGGCUUACAAGUCUUUGGAUGCCUUUAAUUUCUUCAUUUCUGGAUGGGUGAAUACACUGAUGAUGAAGGAAGUUACUGAAACUACAGUUGUCGUAUUAACAAGGGUAAAUCACUCUCAAAGAGCGAGUGAAAAGCCAUUAAAAGCCUGGAUAUUGGCAGAAUACUCAGGAAAGGUUAUUACAGCACAUUGUGACUGUAUGUCUGGAAAAAGUGAGUGCUGUUCUCACGUUGCUGCUAUAUUGUUUGCUUCAGAAGCUGCGUGUCGAAUGCAUUCAUCAACAACCUGCACCCAAACCAAAAGUCAAUGGCUGAUGCCAGGUUAUGUUAAAGAAAUACCUUAUGCAGCUAUAGAGGAAAUCGAUUUCACCUCAGCAAAGAAAAAACACUCACAACUCCUUGAAGACAAAAAAGUACCAACAGCUCUACGAAACAGUGACGAAGUAGUUCAAAGACCACUAACCAUAACGAGUUAUGAAGAACAGUUGAACUUUUUUCAAAAGAUUUCAUUGUCCGACAGCAAGCCUGCCAUCUUAUCUCUAAUAUCCCCAUACAAUACCAAGUAUAUCCCUAAAGAAGCAGCUUUACCCCAACCAUUGACCCACCUCUAUGAUGCAAAUGCUACAGAACUAAACUAUGAUGAACUUCUUAGUAAGUGCAUAGACAUAAGCUUACAGAUUUCAAUAACAGAUGAAGAAAUAAAGGCUAUUGAGGAGGGUACUAGAGAGCAGGCAUCAACUAAUGUAUGGUACAAGCAGAGGGCAGGAAGGAUAACAGCCUCAAACUUUAAAUCUGCAUGCCACACAAACAUCAGCAGGCCCUCCCCAAGCCUUAUUAAGAGAAUUUGCUACCCAGAGUCUACUAAGUUUAGUAGUGCAGCAACAGCAUGGGGCUGUAAAAAUGAGACCAAUGCCCGUAAGGCCUAUUUAGAAAAAACGAACAGAUGCCAUGAUGACUUUAGUAUUUGUGAUAGUGGACUGCAAAUAAAUAAGCAGUGGCCUCAUAUUGGAGCAUCACCAGAUGGAUUGGUCAAUUGCAAAUGCUGUGGGNCAGGUGUUUGUGAAAUUAAAUGUCCGUACAGUGCUAAAGAUCUCAGCCCAACUGAUCCACAUGUAAUAAGUGACAAAAACUAUUGUCUGCAGAAUGACAGUGAUAGCAUCUAUCUUAAUAGAACACAUGCAUAUUACUACCAAGUACAAUGCCAAAUGUUCAUUUGCAAUGUGGAAUAUUGUGAUUUCAUCGUAUGGACACCACAUGGACUUUAUGUUGAAAGGAUAAUGCCAGAUGUGGAGUUUUGGAGUGCUUCUGUUGCCAAGGUAACAGAAUUCUUUAAAAUAGGUAUUCUACCUGAGAUUGUUGGAAAGCUUUAUACCCGUCCCUCACUACCCUCAACACUCGUAGCACCUAGUCCUGAUGAUGAUAGCGCAGAGUGGUGCAUCUGCCAGCGAUAUAUUGAAGACAGCACUCUAGUUGGAUGCGAUAAUGAUGAUUGUAAAGUUAAAUGGUUUCACCUUCAGUGUCUAAGACUAAAGAAUCCCCCAAAAGGUAGAUGGCUGUGUAUGGACUGUCAAAAAUUGGACUAGAUGCAAUAGUCAUAUAUUUUUCGUACCAAAUUAAGGCAGAGAAUUACAAGUACAAAACAGUGUUUACUAUGUUCAUGAUAUCACUAGUAAUAGAAAGAAGUCAUUCAAUCCAUACCCAUUUACGUCAAUUGGAAUAUUGAGUACUGCACUGUAUGUUCUGCCACAUAUAAUAAUAGAAAAUUGACAGGGUGCUCACACCUAAGUACUAAAUUGUGUUUACUAAAUGGUGUUUAGUGAUUUGCAAAGUUAUAACCAAUUUGUUUACAUUGUUAAAUCAUGAAAUAAACUGUUUAUUUCACUGCUA